UCCUGCUCCACCUGUCCCUGUCCUGCUCCUCCUGCUCUUCAACGCUACUUCUUGAUCUCAACUAAAAGCGCGGCGCCACGGCGCCAGAUCAAAAAUCAGACACUGCGAGCAUCAUAGAGGCACAGAUCUUUCGUCACACAAAGAGGUUGAUGCUACGAGACAGCUGCACUUGAAUCCUUUAAAAAUUCAAAUAGUCAUCAUGGCCCUCCGGCUACUUCGAGGUCGUCGCCCGGAAUCGGCGGCUUGCAAGAUGAUCCUAAGACGCUACAAAUCUUACAAGGAACUGCCGUCGUUGAAAACCCUCCCUUUGAUUGGAAGUGCUCACCUGUUUGGUGCUAAAGGGCCUUACAACUUCAGCAGACUAACCGAAGCUGUUGAUGAUAUUUCAAGGAAUUUAGGUCCCGUUUUUAAGUUGAAACUGGGCAGCAUGGAAAUGGUGAUAUCCAUUGACCCUGAAGACUCCAAAAGGAUGUAUCAGGCAGAAGGUCUGAGGCCGUUCAGACCAGCAUUUCCUGCUUUGGAGUGCUACAGAAAGAAUACAUUCGGCACUUGCGGAAUCGUCCCUGGAAAUGGAGAAGAGUGGUACAAAUUCAGAAAGGCCAUAAAUCCAUUGCUGAAGCCUUCCAUUUACAAACCCUAUUAUGGGCGGCAAAAGCAAGUGGCGGAGAAAUUUGUAGAGGGUCUGAAAUCGUGCCUUGACAGCCAGAACAUUCUGCAUGACGUCCACUCACACCUAACGAAUUAUUCAAUUCUAGCAAUUGCUGUGGUCACCCCUGGAAAUAUGGAGGUGCAGCAAGAGGAAGAAUUCAAGCUGAUUAGCCAGGCCAACGUGGAUUUCAUGGACGGUCUACACCAAACUCUACUCGGGCCGCCGCUGUGGAAAUUGUUCGCGACCAGGGGCUACAAGCAACUCGCGACCUCGCACCAAACGUUCCAUUCCAUUUUAAAAAAGUACCUAAACGCUGCAAGAAACUCUUUUGAAACAAGCAAAGAUGUUUUUAAAUCAGAACACCCGUUUUUAUAUGAAAUCAUGCAAACGGAGGCGCUGUAUGAUGAGGACGUGGUUAUGCUUGCUAUGGAGUCAUUCAUCGGAGGCAUUGACGCCACAGCCACGGUGGCCACAAUGUGCCUGCAUUAUUUGUCACUCAACAAAGAGUGCCAAGAAAGGGCUGCACAAGAGAGUAGAAGUGGCGCUUCUACCUUUCCUUACGUGCGGGCAUGUGUGAAAGAGACCCUGAGACUUUCGCCUACUGCAGGCGCCAACUCGCGAUACUUAGCCUCAGAUGCAGUCAUUGGCGGAUAUCACGUGCCAGAAAAGUGUUUGGUGUCAGCAUUCAGCUCGGUCACUUCAAUCAGAGAGUCGUAUUUUGACCAGGCGGCUAAAUUCGCGCCUGAGCGAUGGAUGCGCGGCGAAAUAUUUUGCAGGGAGCACCAUCCGUUUUCCUCGCUGCCGUUUGGCCAUGGUCCUAGAAUGUGUCCUGGAAGGAGGUUGGCAGAACAAGAGUUGGAGUUGGUCAUAUCAGAGAUUUUAAAAGAGUAUGAAGUCUCGCCAACUGACUUGACUCCUGUCGGAAUGGUCUUCAGAAUGAACAGAGUUCCUGAGAGGAAAAUCAACUUGCGUUUAGUGAAACGUGCUUCCUAAUUGUCAUUCAAUAACUUUUAUUGUGAUGCGCAUACACAUAAUAGUGGGUUAUAAUUGUGAUUAAGCAUUGGAGGCAUCCCACGGUACAAUUCACAGAGAUUCUGGAUGAGUCGGAUUGGAUCAGAAGAAACUUCACGAUCAGUGUAUUUGAUGAUUUUUUGUCCUUUCUGGCUUUUUAUAACAAAAUAGAUUAACACUAUCAUUUUAUGUACAUUAUAAAAUAUUCAUCGUGUGACAGUGGCUACAUCAGCCAAACGACAGAAGAAAUUUUACACCAAUAACCGUGACAUCAUGGGACUGCGAUGGACAAAAUGCGAUCUGCAUACUUGUGAAAAUGUAAAGUACGAUUUUUGAGAUCUAUAUAUUUUCAUAUGAAAUCAUUUUACAGUGCUAACGUAAAUAAAUUUGCAAAGAUUCUUAAGGAU